GUUUCUGACAACAGGGACCUGUGCAAAGUCUACACGCACCACUGAGGCAACCUUCCUGCUGCUGUGACCUUUCCUGCUGCAGGGACUCGGAGCAAAAUUAAAAAAAAAAAAACUGGUCAAGACCCCACAGUAGGCCAGUCAUCUCACUCUCCCUACGCUGGGCACGUCAACCCACUAGAGUAACCAUGGCAGUAGUGCAGCAGGUGACUACCGUGACCACAUCUCACAGCAGUGCUGAAUGGAGCAGCGGUGUGUGUGACUGCUGCUCGGACCUGGGAGUCUGCUGCUGCGGGAUGUUCUGUUUCCCCUGCCUGAUGUGCCAAACGGCCUCCGAAUUCGGCUGGUGCUGCUGCAUGCCCCUGCUGGAGACCUUCUGCUUUGCCUACACUGGCAUCAACCCCCUGCCCUGCCCUGUGUCCAUCUGCCUACGGAGCUCCAUGCGGAAGAGAUACAGGAUCAAUGGCAGCCUGUGUGGCGAUUUCUGCACCCUCUGCUUCUGCUACUCCUGCACCUGGUGCCAGAUGGCGCGGGAGAUCAAGAGACAGCGUGGCAGUUCCAGCGCAGUCACCACCACCACCGUGACCCAUAUCUGAGGAGGUUCGGUUUUCCCCACCAGAACAAAGGCAGAGCACUCCCGCCUCCCUUCCAACGUGACGGACAGAGCUGGCUCAGGGCAGCCUGACCAGAACUGAGAGCGCCUGAUAUCUGCUUAAGACAUGAUUAACAAAAUCUGGAAGUACAUACCGUCUGCUUUAACAAUAAAGGCAUCCAAGAAUAUUCUUAGUUUAUCAUGUACCAAGGCUAGCAGCCCUGGCUUUACACCACAUAUGGCUUGGAAUUGUACUGAAACUGUUCUGGAUGGGUUUUCUGUUUAUUUUGUAUAAAAAGCGUCCUUCUGUAUCAAUGAAUUGAAUUGAGUCAGUGCUUCAUCAGCUUUGGUUCCCGUGUGCACACGUCAUAAAGGUAAUUUUGCAGCCUACGCAUGCUGACGCAGCUACCCACCGUGUCUCCUUUGUUGGACACAACACUAUCAUGAUAUUACCGUGAUAUUACAGUUCUUUGCAGUGCUUUAACCAUGAUUUCCCUGUGCUUUGCUUUUACCAUACAUUCUCUGCCCUUUAGACCUCUUUCACCUCCAUGACCUAACACAGACACUCUCGUCCCAGAAGCAGAAGUGGUGAUAACCUGUCUUCUGCAUGAGUGAAGGGAUGGGGUAGGCCAUAUCGUCUUGUGCUCCUGAGGGUACAGCGCUCAGACUGACCACCUUCAGGCCGGGGCUACAACUGCAGCCCUAGGUCUAAUGUUUAGAGUGUGCACAUUCCUUGUGAAAUUUUGCAUUCAAGCUUGAACUUUUAGUGGCUUAAGACUUGCCUGAUUUCAAACCUAAGGUCUUAGUUAUUAUGAUCAGAUUAUAAGCAUUGCCUACAGUACAUCUUUUUUGCUAAAGAUUCCCAACUCAACUUCUUUCCAGCUGUAAUAUUAAACAUUUUGUGUCCACAUUUUUAAUGACUGUAAAUAACUUCCAUUUAUACAUUUGUAAAUUUGUAGCAUAGGGCAUGAAGCGAAUAAUAAAUUUGCUAUCUUGUGCUUA